CUCUUAGCAGACGAGAAAGGAUAGAUUUGCCACCCGUUGGGCGUUCUCAUGUCUGAGGAACAUCGACGUCCACCUCCUGGUCGUAGUUUUCCAUUCUUACGCAAAGGUCAAGGGUUGAAAGCAAAGAUCAACUAUCCGGUUUUGAGCAGGGGACGACCGUCGGCUGCUACAAACGAACUUGACAUUUUAGAUGACAGAGCAUCAUCAGAAGAUCGGCAAGACUACUAUUCGGAACAUCACAGAAACACUCAUUGGGAUGAUAUUGAUCCUCGUACAGACUUAGCUAUGCAGAGCCCCUCCGCACGCAGAACGGUUGACAGCGGAUUUGAUCAAGUUGGGCACCUACAAAAUGAGCGCUUAUCUACUUCGUCGCCGGACGACAGUAGCUCUCCUCACUCAUCUUCCAUUAACAGUCGGAAUGUGAAUCUGCGUAAAGAAGAUGUACGUCGAGUUCAGCAGCUAGUUCGUGGUCAGGAUUAUUCCUUUCCCGAUCAAGUUAUCGAACCUUCUCCCAUGCUUGCCAGCACUCCACACCCUGAUCAAAUCCCUGAAUCGCCUCAAGGAUUACCACUUGCUCUGGAAACAUCUAUACUUGGUGACACUACAAAUAUGUUGCAAAGGACCGACGAUUCUCCGCAAGGUACGGAAGAAAACUACAAUGAUGACCGUUCCGCCGAAAUAAGAAGAAGUGAUGCAGCGGUCCGACAACCUGCCAAGUCCCUAAGAGGUAAGCAAAUACCGCACAUUGGUAGACAUCCGGAUGUGAUUGAAUCCAGCAAUGUUCAGCCUCAGCAAACUGAGCAGACCCCUUACGUUCCGAGUGGAAUUUCUCGAGGACUUAGAAGCAAUGGUUCGAGAUAUAAAGACGUAGAGAGAAAGUUAAUAGGGCAGCUUCGAGAUGUGAUUGCUCAUCUUGAUCUUGCUGACAUUAAGCAGCAAAUCAGGGCUAAAGAGCUUGAAGAUGCAUAUCUACGAUUCCAACAGGAUGUGCGGGAUUUUGAAGCAGAAAAAGAAGCUGAAAAGGAGAGAGUUCAGCGCAUACGACGGCAGUUGGAAAGGGAGCGAAAAAUCGCCUCUAAAGAUGGUGCUGAGAAGGAAAAGGCGAUUGCUGAGCAGGUCGAGGACUUGACGAAAACCAUUGCUCAAAAGGAUCGCCAGCUUUCUACCUUACGUGUACGCUUAAGAAAGGCAGAGGAGCAAGUAGAAGCGAAAUAUAAAGAGCUGAAAGAAAGCAAUCAGAAGACGGUGCGUUUGGAGAAAACCUGCAAAAUUCUUCAGCGCCAAAUGGCACAGUUACGAGGCAAUUAUGCAAAGCAAUCACAAGAGCUGGCUGCCGAGAUACAGGCUUCCCGCACUCGUAACGUGAGACGCACAGGAUCUAUCGGGCUAUUACCAUCCUUGAGAAAGGAUGCACGAAAGGAACGAAGCGCCACUGAAGAUGUUGAGAUAGACGCUGGACCUCAAAGAGCUUUACCUGAUCGGUCAAAAUGUGUCAGCUGGGCUGAUAAACCAAUAGAAGAUUUUGCCCAAAGAACAAGAGCCACCACUAGGAAAGGUACCUAUGAAAUGGAGCUUGUGGAGGAAGGCACUGCUUUGUUUGGUCCUUGCCGCUUAUUCAAAAAUGGCUUAGGAGAUUGGACAAAGGUGACAACUACGGAAUGCGGUUGUGAUCUUCAUGAAUACAGUAACACAGAUGUGCGAUGGAUCAGUUGUGAUCGCAGUAUUGAGAUCUAUUACUAUGGUAUCGCUGGAGUAACGAUCAUAUCACUAGCAAAUGGUCGAAAUAUUCGAUAUUUCAACGACGGACAGAUUGAAAUAUAUCGCUUAUCUGGAGAAAUUUCUCGGUUUGAUGCGGCAACAAGUCAAAGGUGUGAAACUAUGUUGGAUGAGAAUGGGCUCAGAUUCGUUGAGAUAUUUGACUGCACGGGUUACUGUAUCCUAAUGGAGGGUGACAGUCGCAGUUUGCUACGAUUUGGUGAGCGAUCUUCAUACAGAGGUAAUCCUCCUGAUCGACAUGUCUACAAUCAUUCUAAUGUGGAGCCGGAGUGGAUCGAGCCAGAUUUUAGUGCACGGCGGUGUCCAGAUGGUUCAUUGAAAAUCAAGUUUGCCAAUAUCAUGGUGUGCUGCCUUGGUCUAGAAGACGUUGGAUACGUAAAACACACAACUCGAUUAGAAGAUGGAGUUGAGCGGAAAAAGAUGUGUGUUGAGUGGGGGCAUGUGGCAAGGGCGAAGCAACGACAGAUUGAAAGUCAGAAAUGUCAACAGCUUACUGCAUUCAACGCGACCAUGUAACCAUAGGUGGUUCAUCAGCCGCAAGAUAGGUACCAAAAUUGCACAAGAUUUGCUGGAGAUCACAGUCUAUGGCAU